GAUGACUCGCGACACGGCACCUUUGCCAUUUCGCUGCCAUUACCAUGAGUGUAAUCACAACGACAACAGCUACAUCCGCUCGACGCGAGCUCCAGCCUGCGGUGCCGAGCGAGCCGAUCGAGCUGCAGGCUCCAGCUCCUGAGCAGAAUGAGCACGACGAGAUUGUAGCGCCAACUGGCACGCGCUAUGCUGGACUCCUGGCCGCGCUAACGAUGGCACUGAUCACUGUCGGACUGGACUUCAGUAUGAUUGCCGCUGCGAUUCCGGCCAUUACCACCGACUUCAACACCAUCUCCGACAUUGCGUGGUAUUACUCGUGCUUCCGCCUGGCCAUGUGUGCGACGCAGUUCCUCUUCGGCAAGCUGUACCAUACGCUGUCGAUAAAGGCCGUCUUCUUGGCGUCGGUGUGUGUCCUCGAGGUCGGCGCCCUGCUUUCAGGCCGCGCCGCUGCUUCGCCGAUGCUCAUUGUCGGCCGGGCGAUUGCUGGCAUCGGCGCUGCGGGUGUGUUCUCUGGUUGUUUUGUCAUCAUCGGCCGUAGCUUCCCAGCCCAGCAGCGCCCUGUGUAUGCUGGGCUUGGCGCCGCAGUCGAGGGAAUCGCCAUGGCCGGCGGCCCCGUGCUUGGCGGGGUGCUGGUCGACUCGCUUUCGUGGAGAUGGUGCUUCUACAUCAACCUGCCGCUAGGCGCGGUCUGUUUUGUCCUCAUGUUCUUCACCUUGCAAGAGCCCCCGGCCGCCGCGGGCCCCUCGAGCAUCGACUCCAGAGAUGCCAGCCUGGCCCGUAGUUCGGGGAUCAAGAUAGUCGACUCCCUCCGUGAGCUGGACCUCGUUGGCACUGCCAUCUUCGUGCCCGGCAUCACCUGUCUCCUCCUCGCCGUGCAGUGGGGGGGCUCGACGUACGGCUGGACGGAUCCGCGGGCGGCCGCGCUCUUCGCGCUGGCCGGCGUGCUGGGUGCUAUCUUCUGGUGGCAGGAGCGCCGCAAGGGCGACAGGGCGUUGCUGCCCAGCCGGGUGGUCUGUCGCCGGGGCGUCCUGGCGGGCAUGUGGUUUGCCUUUGCUAACAACUCGGCCUUUGCCGUGGUCGAGUACUACAUGCCCACAUACUACCAAGCCGUCCGCGGCCUGUCCGCCACCCAGUCCGGCCUACUGUGCCUCCCGCUCGUUAUCGGUCUAACCACGUCCACCGUCAUCGGCACGUCUCUGACCAGCGCGCUCGGCUACGUCACGCCGUUCAUGGUGCUCACCGCCAUCCUGUCCCCCGUGGGCGCCGGCUUGAUGACCUCCGUAAGCCUCGACAUGUCCCUGCCCCAGAUCCUCGCAUACCUCGCCCUCUUCGCCGCGGGCGUCGGGGUCGGGCUCCAGGGCCCGCAGGUCGCCGCCAUCACCACCUUACCACCGCGCGACGCGCCGAUCGGCGUCGCGGUGGUCCUGUUCGCGCAGAGCCUGGGGCCUGCCAUAUUUGUCGCGGCCGCCCAGGCGCUGUUCACGAGCGCGCUGCACGACAGGCUGUCCCGCGUGGUGCUGAGCGGCGGCUCGUCGUCGAUGACGGGCGAGGAUCUCAUGGCGAUGGGGCUCUUGGACAUCAGGAACCGUGUGGCUGCCGAGGACCUGCCCAGAGUGCUCGAGGCGUUCAGCUCGGUGCUGACGACGGUUUUCUUUCUGGCGGUCGGGCUCUCGUGCUCGACUUUGCUUGGAGCUGUAGCGAUGGACUGGGUGAGCGUAAAGAAGAAGCGGGCUUGAUCGGAUGACUCGGACCGGGCGGUGCCUUUGUCCGUUAAUAUGAAGACCGGAGUCGUAGGAGGGCGUGUCAAAGGAAGAUGAGUUAUCAACAUCACCAAGACUGGCGUGCGGAGAAAUUCAAGUACUUGCGGUCGGCAGCGUGAUGUGUUACAUGUAGACGAGCAGACUUUUGGAGAACAAUUUGGGGGUUCAGUUCAGAUUAUGCGACUGGCGCUGAAAGUCAAUUCUCAGAUAUACCCAGCCGUCGCAAGAGUAUCUUGACACUAGUUAGUGAGACAACCGACAGCCAUCACACCCCCACGGGCAAGGCUAGCACUUCCCCCGUAAACCAACUCAGUACUUGUACAACCUC